GCCGUGCCGAGCCUCGGGGCUGCCGUCCUUCCGCCGGGCUCGCUCCGGACCGACGGCUCCGCACGGAGCCGCUCCGAGGUGCCGCUGCGUUCCGCGGGGCCGCCCGCCCACUCGCCGUGCCUCCCGCGCGGGGCGGCCCUGGGAUUCCGUGGGGCCCGGGCGGGCUGGGCUCGGCUGUCUGCCCGAAGGUUAUCCUCGAACGUGGUUUUGAGGCUGUAGGCCUACCGCGCCGGGGCGGUGCAGCCGGCAGGAAGAAGUUGACCCGUCGCUUCAAGCCCUUGAAUCCCGCCAGGAGGAGAUUCUGAAACGUCUGUAUGAGCUGAAGAGCGCCGUGGAUGGUCUCUCAAAGAUGAUACAGACUCCUGAUGCUGACUUUGAUGUAACUCAUGUCAUUCAAAAUGAUGAGUCUUCUCCUUUGACAACAAAUGGAGCAGACUUAGAUUUGAUGCUUGGAAAGGAUUAUGGUGCCCUGAAAGAUAUCGUAAUCAAUGCAAAUCCUUCUGUACCCCCACUGUCCUUAUUAGUACUGCACAGCCUGCUCUGUGAGCGCUAUAAGAUACUGUCAGCUGUUCACACACAUUCAUCGGUGAAAAGUGUGCCAGAAAAGCUCUUGAAAUGCUUUGGAGAGCAGAUGAAGAAGCAACCACGCCACGAAUAUCAGUUGGGCUUCACUCUCAUAUGGAAGGAUGUUGCAAAGCCUCAGAUGAAGUUCAGCAUUCAAACAAUGUGCCCAAUUGAGGGAGAAGGCAACAUUGCUAGAUUUCUCUUUUCCCUUUUUGGCCAGAAGUACAAUGCAAUUACUUCAACUCUGAUUGACAGCUGGGUUGACACAGCCAUCUUCCAGCUCAAAGAAGGUAGCAGUAAAGAAAAAGGAGCAGUCUUGCGAUCCAUGAAUGCUGCCCUGGGCAAGACAUCGUGGUUGGUGGGAAAUGAACUCACCGUGGCAGAUAUUGUUGCAUGGUGUGCGCUUCAGCAGACAGGUAGUGCAAAUGCUGCACCAUCCAACGUGCAGAAAUGGAUGAAGUCCUGUGAGAACUUAGCACCUUUCAGCUCUGUUAUGAAGCUACUGAAAUAAGUCUGUACUCUUAGAUAAACAGGGUGAUUUUAACUUUUUCCACCCCACACCUACUGCCGUGGUUUGAAUCCUGAGAGCUAUUCAGUUUCUGCAGUUGGACAGAAUUCUCAAACCAAUAAAAACAUUACAGCUA